AAAACUUUGUUGCAGACCUUUCACUUCCAUUCUAAUGCAAUUGUGUUAACACUCAGUUCAUGUUUAACCACGACAAAGUCAUGUGUGUUGUCAAGUGAGAGCAGAAAACGACGCAGACCUGCAGUUGAGGAGCCAUUUUGGGGACAAGUGAGUGUUUACUACAAUGAACAGCUGCGGUCAUGUGGCCCUUCGUUUGUGAACGUAAAAUCACGAAUAGACGCGCGAAUUGUCGAAGUGCGGCUGGGGUUGACCGGGUUUACACAGACGACGGAUCACAUGACCGCAGAGAUGGCCAACUGGAAGAAUCACGUGCGUGCUCGACUGCAGCAGAGAGACCAAACUGAGAAACUGCCUCAUGUCGGUGUUUUUACGACACUGUCUCAGCUGGAGGAACGUUUUGAAAUCCGCAAACAAAUCCUGGAUGAUGUUCAGUUUAACAGCUCUGAGCGAGAUGGAGUAGAAGCUGGAAAAAACACUAAAAUCCUUCAUCUGCAGCUGAGAGAGACUGAGCACCUGUCAGAAAAGUUGUCUCAGACCGUCUCUGACCUGACCAGCAUCCUGUAUCUGAAAGAGGCUGAGCUGCAGUACUGGCAGUCACGUGUGUCCCAAUACCAUCAAGAGGCACGUACCCUGGCUAAAGGGAACAACACCCUGAAGGCAACCCUUUCAGAAUUUGAAUUCACCUUGGAGUGUCAGUCCAAAGAGUUGGCCACCCUGCGAGCGGAGCAGGAAGGACUAAAGGAAACUUUGACGCAGGCUCGGAGAGAGAAAGACGAACUGUUGCAGCGAUGGAUGGAGGAGAAGAGGGAGGAGGCUGACAGGGUGAAUAAGAACAACGAUGCACAGGAACGGUGGCAACGUUUGGCCAAACAGCUGAAGAAGCACCUCCAACAACAGGAAAAAGAAAAAUCAUUACUUGUCGACGCGUCUCACUGAAGAAUUUUAAAACCCCCACCAUCUGAGGUGAUUCAUGAGUUACACCAUUUUUCAGUCAGUGCUUGGUAUUAUUGACCAUGUACCAUUUCCAAAAAUGUUAGCCAAUGUUUAUUUGCAAAAUCCUAACCCAGGAUCUUUAAUAGUUACAUUUGAACACAUUUUAGAAUAGCUAAUUGUAUUAAAAAUAAAAAAAUAAAGCUAGUUAAGUUCAAUAUAAGUUGUAAAAUUAUAUUAUAUAUUUCAUAAGUUGUCGAUAAAUUGAAUAUGUCAUUGUAAUGUAUUGUUGUGAAAAAUAAAGUAACUAAACUUUU